AUGGCAAUACAAAUAGCUAUUAAGGAGAGGAGAGAUACAACGGAAUUUGCCAAACUGGGCAUCCGUUGCAAUCAACAAGGAACAGUUCUGUUGACGUCGUCCGUUAUAUCAGAUACCCUAUCCCCUCGUUCUACAAAAAGCAAUUUUGGCUACUAUCCGCCAGCGGAGCCAGAUUACCCGCCGAUGACGGCAUAUCCGCCAUCUGCGAAGUUACCAGUAAGCAGUAAAAUGUGGUUUGAAAAUGAGGAUUUAAGAAUGCCAACGAAUUCAGGAAACGGUAGGAUCUACGGCGACCAAUUACUGGUCCGGGUUAGUUCAGUGCCACAUCCAGAUAACUUCAAAAGGAAUGAUGGAGGUGAAUUAGGAACUAUUAGCAAUCCAGCUCAUUAUUACUUACAUGGAGCAGACUUCGAAAAGAUCAAAGCACCGACAUGUCGACUAACCUCAUGCCAUGGACCAUACCCAAACGAUGGCAGUUUAUUGAUUAACAAGGAAAAAGGUACUUCGAAUGAAGAAUGUGAACAAAUCUUUGUUCAGAUGAAUGGCUGUGUGGCUCAUAAAGGUUAUCCGAUCGGUAUGGUGUGCACCAUCUGUUGCCAGUGUACCAAGCAAUUUAUGAAUGAAAUGAGUCAUUCUCGAGCUAUACUAUUUAUAUCCAUUUGCGUGUUUUUCUGUUCUAUGGAAGAUUUAUCCUCCAUAUCGAAACAUUCACAGCAAAAUCGAAAACGUUUCAAUUAG